UUAGCUUGUCCUCUAGGCACUCCCUGCUGCAGGAUGAAUUAGGAAGGGGAGGCCUCUUCCUCUGAACCAUGGAGACAAGGGCGUCCUUCAUUGCCACCAUGCAGGAGACCCAGCAUCUCUCCCCAGAGAAGGGCCAGAGCCCAACCAAUGGCAACAGGGAGCAGUUUGAUUCAGAUGAGGGCUCCAGCAUUGAAGAUGAAGACUUCAACUGGGAUGAGUUCCUGGAGGAAACAGGAGCCAGUGCUGCUCCCCACACCUCCUUCAAACACGUUGAAAUCAGCCUUCAAAGCAGUUUCCAACCAGGAAUGAAGUUAGAAGUGGCCAACAAGAGCAAUCCAGACACAUACUGGGUGGCUACAAUCAUCACAACGUGUGGACAGCUCUUGUUGCUUCGUUACUGUGGCUAUGGAGAUGAUCGCAGGGCAGACUUCUGGUGUGAUGUGAUGACAGCAGAUCUUCACCCCGUUGGCUGGUGUACACAGAAUAACAAGGUCCUGAUGCCUCCAGAUGCAAUCAAAGAGAAGUACCUGGACUGGACAGAGUUCCUCAUACACGAUCUGACCGGCGCUCGGACCGCACCUGCCAAUUUGCUGGAAGGCCCUCUGCGAGGAAAAAACCCUGUAGACCUCAUUACAGUUGAUUCCUUAAUAGAGCUGCAGGAUUCCCAGAACCCCUUUCAGUACUGGAUAGUUAGUGUGGUUGAAAAUGUUGGAGGAAGAUUACGCCUUCGCUAUGUGGGAUUGGAGGAGACUGAAUCCUAUGACCAGUGGUUGUUUUACUUGGAUUGCAGACUUCGACCAGUCGGUUGGUGUCAAGAGAAUAAAUACAGAAUGGACCCACCUGCAGAUAUCUAUUCUCUGAAGACUAUAUCUGAAUGGAAAUGCGCUCUGGAAAAAUCCCUUAAUAAAAAACUUCCGAUGGAAGUGUUCAAGGACCAUGCUGAUUUGCGAAACCACUUCUUCACUGUGGGGAUGAAGCUGGAGGCAGUGAAUAUGAAGGAGCCUUUUCAUAUCUGUCCUGCAUCAGUGACCAAGGUUUUUAGCAAUCAUUAUUUACAAGUGACCAUUGAUGACCUGAGACCUGAACCCAGCCAAAUCUCAAUGCUUUGCCAUGCGGAUUCCUUAGGGAUCUUGCCAAUACAGUGGUGCCUUAAAAACGGAGUCAAUCUCACACCUCCCAAGGGUUACUCUGGCCAGGACUUUGACUGGGCAGACUACCAGAAGCAGUGUGGAGCUGAGGCAGCAUCUCACCUCUGCUUUAGAAACACAUCCUUCAGCCGUGGCUUUACUAAGAACAUGAAGCUGGAGGCAGUGAACCCCAGGAACCCUGCAGAGAUAUGUGUUGCUUCUAUCACCUCAGUUAAAGGACGGUUGAUGUGGCUUCACCUUGAAG